ACUGUUAUUUCACACCCGUGCACAUGUUACACGGAUUUAAUUUAAAACUAUAUUCAUUCUCCCAGUCGCCCUAAUUUGUAAAUCCCUCUACAUUUGACGAUCUUACAUUUGUAUCCUCUUCCUGUACCAGCUAUGGUAAAGAUCCUGUGUUUCACCAACGUCAGAUAAGCAUGCGAUGUUUAAAACAACAUGAUUUCACCAGAAAGUGUCAACUUGUUUCAAAAUAUUACAACUGUAGUUAUUUUAUUUCCAACCGCAUGAGGCGCUCGUACCAUUCAACGACACCUUCCCCGUAAAAGGUUUGCUUGGUUGUUUUACGGUAUAGGUUUUCGCUUUUCUUGCUUUUUCACUAAGACUUGUAAACAGGAAGUACGGUGGAGAGUGGAUGAAGGGCGAAUUGGGGCUCCUAUCACUAUGCCUAAAAAGAGAAAAAAUGGGGAGAGUCCAGCGCGGGCUCCCGGACAGCAAAACGACUCCUGGAGCAACAUCGACAAUCGUGUUUAUGGGGCCAGUGAACCUUGCUUACACGGUGAACCAAACAGAAGUAACUCUGCGUAUGGCAUGCCUAACUCCAGUGCUGUGGGAUUCACCGAUAGGGAACACAUCAUGAGAAACAUGGAGGAGGUAUUUUCGCAUUUGGACCCCGAAGUCAUACACAUGGUCCUAACGGAGUGUGAUUUCAAUAUGGAGAAUGCCAUGGACUCCCUCCUGGAGCUCUCUGAUGCCGCUAAAGGUGUUCCUUCCUUACCACCCCCUGUCUCGGGUUUUGAGUUUGCAGCAGCCCUCUUAAAUCCUGACAUUCCCCAGUCUGUAUCCUCAUACCCCAAAACAACCGGAUCCCGUACCAAAGCGGUUCACACACCACACACACUCACACACUCCACUCAGUCAGAACCAUCUCCUCUCGCUGCUUCUGUGCCUCUGUCUUCUCUUCCCUCUCCUCAGCCCCCUGCUUGGCAGGCUUUGCUGGGUAACCCCAGUGUGGAAUCUGGGCAGCACCAGACCUCCAGCCCCAAACAGAGACAGGACAGUAGGGGGAAUUCUCCAGUGGGGGAGCUAAGUUUUGCUGGUGGGUGUGCUUCAGUGGAUCGGAGUGAUCGACUCGACUUCAGUCACCUCAUCGGAGGGUCAGUUGGGCUAGGGGGCAGCGGUUCAGCCUUCCAGGCAUAUCGCAGAGAUGAGCAGCCCCGUGCAGUGGGAGCCGCCUGGAACCUCACAGCGCCAGAGUUCCAUCCGCGGUCAGAGGGGCCGUCCUUCAUCACGCCCGUGGCGCUAAACCCCAACCUUGCUGCCCGCUUGUCAACCUAUGGGUCUGUUAGCCAGGCCCCUCUAAAACCUACAGCAACCAUCCCCACCUCUUGGGCCGUACAGCAACCCCCCAUCCAUGGCAACAAGCCCACCACAGCUCCCACCUUCAACCAAAGGCUCCGCUUCGAAGGCAGGGUCUUAGUGCUGCUUAGAGGAGCUCCAGGAUCAGGCAAAUCAACCUUAGCCAGGGCAAUGUUAGACCACAACCCUGGGGGCGUGUCUUUAAGCACAGAUGGAUAUUUCUGUCGCCAAGGAGAGUACUGUUACGACCCAUCUGAGCUGUCAACAGCACAUGAGUGGAACCAGCAAAGAGCUAAAGAGGCUAUGGAGAGGGCUCAGGGUCCUGUCAUUAUUGAUAACACCAACAUGCAGAGUUGGGAGAUGAGACCCUAUGUGGCAAUGGCCUUGAAGCAGAAAUACAAAGUUGUGUUCCGAGAGCCAGACACAUGGUGGAAGUUCAAGCCCAGGGAGCUGGAGAAACGUACAAAGCAUGGUGUGACUCGAGAGAAGAUUCGUCGGAUGCUGGAUGGCUAUGAUCGUCAUGUCUCUGUCAACUCCAUCAUGGGCUCUUCUAGGCGACCCGACCUGCACACAGAACUUCCCGUGACCUCUGACCUGCCACGGCCUGACCUGCUGGGACCCCCUCCUCCCGUUUGUCUCCCUGACGUGUCUUCUAUGCCUGUGGGGAGUGUCUUUGUGGGGCAGCCACCUGAGCUUCUGGACUGUGUGGAUCUCUAUCAGGAUCCACAGGAAGUGGAAAAACAGUUGCCUGUGGAGCCCCCUGUGUUAUUCUCUCAGUCUAUCGCUCAGAGGGAGAGGAGGGCGAGGGAUAGAGCCAGGCAUCCAGGAGGGCCCCAGCCUGCUGAGCAGCCAAGCACAGCCCCCACACAGGACCGUGUACGAGAGAGUAGUGGCCCGGGCAAUAACAGAGAGAUUUUUGCUACGGGCAGUGCAGCGGUACAUGGAGAGACGGCCAAGGGCAAUGGUGCCCAGAGAGCUCGGCUUGCGUUUGUUGGAGACUGGCCCUGUGAGAGUCAGGAUCCUCAAGAUCAACGCACCAUCAACCGCAGGCGAGCGGAGAAGGAGGCACGAGGCCAAGGGGACGGCGUCGGCACUGAGGUGAAGCGGAGUGGGGGUGGGCCAGAUUUCACAGAGUUUCAUAAGUUGCUGGAUCUGCUCCAGGGAGACACGGAGGUUGGAGGCCAGAUCCAGCUGUCUGACAGCGAGGAGGAGAGCAGCCCCAGCUCCAGCUCGGGGCCUGACACCCAGCCUCAGUCACCCAGCUGCCUGACAGAGGACAGUACACAUGUCCCCAUCUCUAACAGAGAAAAAGACAUAGAUGGAGAUAAAGAGGGAGAGGAGGACAGUGGGGAGGAAAGUAACAAAGAAGAAGAAGAGAUCAAGAAGGACGGAGAGAGAGAGGGGAAGGGAAAAAAAGAAAGCAAGGCUGGUAAAGAGAGCGAGGGCAAAGGAGAGGAGGGAGGAGAGGAUAGAGAAGGAUCAGACAGCUUUCAUGUCUCGGAAAAGAGGAGGCUGAGCCGGCGGGCGGGGAAACCCUGCCGACUCGCACUCACAUUCACCAAGCAGGCCCCUCCGUCAGUCUCACCCCACCACCCACAACCAGAAUCACCGCUCCAACCGGAACGCCAAACUCAGGACGUGUCCACGGAGACCGUUUCAUCAUGCGGCAUCUCCACGCAGACCGAGUCGAGUGACCUGGCCCUUCUCUGGCGUAUGGAGCAUGGGGGCUUGUGGGAAGGUGUUGGUGAGAAAGUCCUGACAGGAAAUGCGACACACUUUGUCCCCGCCGUCUCAGAAGCGCCGAGUGCGUGUCCUGUCCGGCGGGCCACGCACGAGAAAGGGGCCCAGGUGGAGGAGGAGGAGCUCAUGGAAGCCAGGACUGAAGAUGCAGACCUGAGCAUUCUCAUUCGCCACUUCAAAGGGGUUGCCGUGGAGACGCUGAAGGACCUGUAUGACAAAUGCCAGCAGGAUGUGGAGUGGACCACCAACCUGCUACUGGAUUCAGGAGAGGAGAUGAGCCGCGAAGACAAGGAGGGUGACGAAACGGAAGACGAGGAUGAAUUUGAGCUUCAGGAUGAGUGCGAGGGGGGUGAGGCAGAAGAGGAGGAGGCGACCAAGAGAGAGGAGAUGAAGGACCGAGAAGGAGAGGAGGCUGAAGCUGUUGGGAUCGGAAUCGCAGAAAGCACGGGAGAAGACACAGGACCAGAUGUCAGCAGCUGUGACCUAGCAGGCAAGGCUUUGGAGGGCACACAUGACGAUGCUGAAGACCACUCUCAGCUCAGGCAGGAGUCUGAAAGCCAACGAGAACCGUCUGCACAGGAACCAACAUCCCAAGCCACCAUGACCAGCCAGUCACAAGAGGCUUCACAGCAGGAGAGGACUUCAGAGAGCCAGAGCCAGAGCAGUGGGAUUGAACAUACUGGCACUGGGACACGCUUGCUCACGGAUGCUUGCGCUGAGCAGUCUGAGUGGGCGGUGGGGCUGCAGAGAGACAAAGAUGGACAAGUCGAGCGGGACGGAGAGGAGGACGUGAGGGGAAGACUGGAGGAAGUGGACGCUGUUACUCAGUCCAUACUAACGCAGCUGGAGGAGUUGGUGAAAAAAGAGGAGGAUGAGAAGGAACGAGAGAGGCGUGAGCGAGAGAGGGAAAGACGAAAGGAGAAAACAAAGGCAUCUAACCCGCUGGACAUUCAGAGCCUGGAACUCAGACUGCCCACGGAGCUUGCACUGCAACUCACUGAGCUGUUUGGCCCUGUCGGCGCCAACCCAGUUCUUUCUCUCUUCCUAAGACAAGUUCUCCGAUGACUGUUAUGUUAAGAUGGACCUGAACCUUGCUCGACUCCUGCAUCAAAAAUGGAAAGAAACCAUCCAGGAGAAGCACAGACAAGCUGCACUGUCCUACCACCUACUACAGGAAAGCUCUUUCCACUGGGGCGAAUCACAGACUGGUAUGUCCAGGCCACAUGACAGGAGUAAAGCUCACUUUCUGAUUGGUGCCGAUGGCUAUGCC